GACGCUAUAGCAAGCACCAAAAUGAAGAAACUCCUCCUUUGCCUGAGCUGUAUAAUCUUAGCCGUUGGGGUGUGCGGCGGUCCUUUGCUCUUACGCCUCUACUUCCUCCGUGGCGGCGACCGGAUAUGGUUUUCCAGCUGGCUACAAACCUCCGGAUUUCCCAUUAUUUUCAUCCCACUUCUCCUAUCAUAUCACCGCCGGCGACGUGGUGGUGAAAGCCCAAAAAACACCACUGCCCUCUUCCAGAUUUCUCCGUGUUUAUCCAUAUGCGCAGCCCUAAUCGGCGUUCUCCUCGGCGCCGACAACUACGCCUACUCCUAUGGCGUGGCGAAGCUUCCGGUGUCAACGUCGUCCCUGGUCACCGCCACUCAGCUCGCCUUCACGGCCGCGUUCGCUUUCCUGCUCGUGAAACAGAAGUUCACGGCCUUUUCCGUCAACGCCGUUGUUUUGUUGACUCUGGGGGCGGUGGUGUUGGGCGUGCAUGCCGGAAACGACCGGCCGGCCGGGGAGUCAAAGAAUGCGGGUUUGUGUUGACUGUGGCGGCGGCAGCUUUGUAUGGGCUGAUCCUGCCGUUGGUGGAGCUGAGUUAUACGAAGGCAAAACAGACACUUAGCUUCGGUUUAGUGUUGGAAUAUCAGUUGAUUAUGGGUUUUGUCGCCACCGUUAUUUCGACCAUAGGAAUGCUUAUAAAUAAGGAUUUUGAGGCAAUUCCAAGGGAGGCAGGAGAUAGUGAGCUUGGUGAAGUCAAAUUCUACAUAUUAAUAGUAGGGAGCGUGAUCGUGUGGCAAUUCUUCUUCGUCGGAGCCGUCGGAGUGAUUUCCUUCGGCUCAUCAUUGCUCUCCGGCGUCAUAAUCACCGUCCUCCUCCCCGUCACGGAGGUCUUCGCCGUCAUCUUCUACCAUGAGAAGUUCCAAGCGGAGAAGGGGAUCUCCCUCUUCCUCUCCAUAUGGGGUUUUGUGUCUUAUACCUAUGGAGAGAUUAAGCAAAUGAAAAAACCUAAACAGCUUCCCUUUUCGGUAGAGACACAGAUGAUGACGUCAACUUCUACAGCUGUCGUGCCGUCCAACCAAACCGUUUAAUGUAGUACUCCGUAAUUAUUAGUAGUGGGUAUCUAACGUAAGUGUAUUUGUAUCAGUGCAUGCAUGUUAGUUCAU